ACACCACGCGACAGGGACUGACAAGAUGGCGAUGAUUUUAGAAACAGAGGAGUAACUGCCGUGAAGGAGAGGCUCGGUAUGCUGUUUUCUUUACACUCACUGUUCACUGUUGUUAGUUUUCAGCGGGGAAUCCAAUGAUAUUUCUGUUCUGGUUAAAACUCAUCUCACAUACCGGUUUUAAUGCCGAGACUGACGCACGGAGCCGAAGCACGAACUUGUUCGGAUUAUCAAAGAUAGCUUCGCGCUAGCUACCAAGUAUGCUAGGCUAAUGCUAGCGAGACAGCUAGGGCUCACUAAUCUCCUGAAUAAAUACAAUAAAAACAAAAGAACCAACGGGAGUGGCGCUUGUAUAUCCAUGCGCCACAUACGUUGUUGUAUAUUUUGCACAAUUACCUCUCGGGGUUUUUCAAGUUGUGUUAAUUUUCUUUGUGUUUGAUUUGAGUGUGUUGUAAUUGAAACUCCCCUUGGCUGUAUCAAUUACACGCUAGCACCAGCCAGCUAACCUUCGCCGUUGAGGUAACGUUAUUUAAAAGUUGGUCUAUUUUGACGAUUUUUAUCACAAUGCUGCGAUAAAGUGGAGUUUUUUGAAAGCGAGAUUAGUUGUUGUGACUUGUUUAAGCAGUGUUAACGCAAGGCUGUGUUGUCUGAGCCUCUUACCAGCACGCAGCACAAGGACAAACCAGGCAAAGCGCGCUAAGUUGCUGAUCAAACUUAGUAACAUUACAAACUCUGGAGCUGUCCUAUCCGGAGUCCCCACGCUCAUUAUUCUGUACGACCCCGCAUCUGUCUUCAAAGAAAAAGCACGAUUAAUCUCUUUGCAAAGCUCCGUUAUGUUUAUUAAAGAGGGUUUAAUUCCCAGCGCCGUAGAGAUGUGGACAUUAAUCAUGUGGACUCAGCUCAUAGUGCCACGUUAUUCUACUCGUUUUAUUGCACCCAAAGUACCAACCUGAAACGAUUUAAUGAUUUUCAAUCUGAACAGGACUUUGAGUUAGAUAUCAGCCCGACACACGCUGUCUAUUCUGGAUCCUUGCCACACGAGUUUGUAUUUAUAUCUCAGUAGUUGCACACUCUCAAGGUAGGAUAGUCUGAUGAGCUGUUAUCUAAUAAACACGCCCACUCCAACAUUUACACAGACUAACACCGUCUAUAACCUCAACUAUUUGAUCAUAGUCUUAUUCUUGAAAUGGUAAAAGUAAUUGUGUGGUUAUAAAUCAUGGAGAUAUACUCUGUUUUUAGUAUUGGAAACUUUAGUGUUUACUUAAAGUAGGCCUGGGCGAUAUGGGAAAAAGUCCGUCACAGUUAUUUUUUUCAUGUCAGUCGAUAUAGAUUUAUAUCACAAUCUAAAAAAAUCACUCGCCAAUCUUAACUGUUCCCUGUUACUCUUAAAUGAACUAUAAUAGGACUUAUUGGUAGCAUGUGUUUUGCAAAACAAUAAGCUACUCCACUUUUCCAUUGUCACCCCACAGCAGUCUGGACUGCUGUAACAAGUAUAGAGCCAAUGUGGAGUUUGCUGCAGCAAAAGAACUAAACAGAAAAAAUGUUUCUAUAAUGGUAAAAUGAUGAGGUUUUCAUCUCUCAGGCAUUACUUACAUGUCUAUGAAUGGUUAAGAGAACAAUUAUGACCCCACUGAUGUGAAUCUGCUCAGAUUUCCUCAUGAGUUUGAGACAUUUAGAACAUGUUAACGAUUCUUAGAAGUGAAAACAGAAUCAAAACAACUGUCAAAUCUUGAGUUAUGUCUUGUUCAGGCAUCUUGAGUUAUUAUCGCCCUGGAGGAAGUCUCACUCUUACAUUAUGACAAUAUAAUGGCACACCUACAACGCACAAUUGCACCCGACAGAGCAGCCUGUUAUUUACAAGACUGUCACUGUGGCGUUUGAAAAAUGGUGUCUUGCCUCGGCACAGCAACUUUUUCCUGUUUUGUCUCAGUUAAUGUGCUGCAUUCUUUUCAAGGUUUAGUUUUAUAGUGUUUUAUCAAGUUGUUAAUGUUGAAGUCAGCACAAACUUCUGUGAAAACCUGUGCUCAGUUUAUGACGGCUGAUGUAACUGAUCAGGUCCUGAUGAUCGGCUUGAAUUGUCGAUACCCAAUCAGUGAAAUAAUGCUCAUAUCUGAUCUGAUCUAGUCAUGGAAAGCAGGAUUAGGACAUAACUAGUUUUCUUGCUGUCCAAUCUUUUUAUUUUUGUCUUAGUCCCUUCAUCACUCUACUUUUUGCUGCCCAGUCCUAGCAGUCAUUUCUACUCCCCCUGGUUUCCACUCUCCCUUUCCCCCAGCAGAGGUAGACAAAAGGUGCGCUGCUUUGCAAUCUCAGUCCCCUUGCCUUUGUUGGAUACUCGUACUUCCUUGACCUCUCUGGGGGUUUUGAUAGCGCUCAGUCCACUCAAGGAUCCCCACUUUCUCAGAUGAGCCCCACAGGGAUGUGAAAGGAACCAGAGGAGGCUGAGUGGAGACUGAUUGUUUGGCACUGGUUUUAAGAGUAGGUCUUACACUGAAGUGGAACCUUAUUCUCAACCUGUGUUUGUGAACAACUCCUCCUCAGGAAAAAACCAAGAUUGGAUUUUUGUCCAGAGACAUCCUCUUUGUUCCUAAGCUGUCUAUCAAAUUGAAAAUGCGAUGAAGGAGAUAUGUUGUUUCUACUGAGGGUUUAUUCUCAUAUCUGGAAAAGCUCCAAAGUUUGACAUUUUGAUGUUUUCACAGUUAAUUUCAACAGCUCAUGAUCAUUUACGCACCUUUCUGUUAUUUUGUGAAUGUGCCUGGCAGCACUCACUGCAGUCAUGUUUAUGAUCCAGACAUUUUACUGUUGGCCCGGGCGUCUGUAAGGAUAUGUUAAAGCCCGCGUACCAUCUGGCAGUUUGCCACAGUUUACUGUGUGUAGCUUUGGCCUCAUAAAACACAUUCAUUCGAGGUUAGAUGCAGCAACUAUAAAAUAAUUACUGUGUUGAAUGUGGUUUUCCAGAAAGGAGAUCGAUUUUUAAAAACAAAUUUCUUUGCCUGUAAGAGGAAUGUAAUAACAGGAUUACAAUAACCUAAAGAGAUUCAUUAUUCAUCAUUUACAAUCCGAGUUUGAAAAGAUUCAGUAUGUCUUUUAUAAUGUAUAUAAAAAGCAGAGUUUGAUGAUUUGCAAAUCAUUUAUACUUUACUUUUAAAAGAACAUGUUGCUGUGAAAAAUGCAUGUUCAGCAACGUGUUUAAGAACCAUUUUAAAACACUCUGUAAACAUUUGGGAACAGAGAGCAGUUUCUGGAGCGUUGGGAGUGAAAUGUCUGAUUCUUGCCUGUUUGAGGAUUUCAGCUGCUCAGCACGUUCGAGUCUGUUAUUGUAGGUUUUGUGUCAAAUAUUUUUAAUAGGUGACCAAUCAGGACUGCAGUCCGGCCAGUUUGGCACUCAUAUAUUCUUCUACUACAGAGUCAUGCUGCUGUGAUAUCUGCAAAAACGUCAUUGUCUGGAUGGCAGCCUUUAUCACCUAAAAACCUUUUUAUAUUGUUCACCAUUAAUGUUCAAACAGAGGAUGCUGCAUUUAUUAAUUCUGAAAAGUAUGCGCUUUUUAUAUCCAGUUAUGUUACUAACCAGUUGCAUAUUUUUUGUUUUGUUUUCCCUGUUUUAACAUUUUUGUUUUAGAGUGUCACCUGCAUAGAAUUUCAAAACAACCCAUUUUUCUGAUGAAAUGUUAAAAGAAAAAAUAUUUCAAGAUUUAAUAAGGCGCUUUUGCUCUAUUUUGAAUUAAAUAUAGAGUUAAAAUGAUUUUGAAAUCCUCAGCUUGUGUUUUAUGAACAUUUUACUGCAUUUCCCCACUCUCAUAGUAAAGGGGUUGUAUUUUUUUCAGAUGUAUGCCACUUUCUCAAAGUCGAUUUUAAUUUCUCUUUACUGUAUCUCUUCAUCUAUUUUUCCAUCUGGACCAACCACAUCUCUUUUCUUCUCUCCUCCAGACCACCACCAUGCCUUGGGAGGGUCCCAUUUCUUUGCUCACCAGGGUAACCAUGGUGAUAUGAAGCCAGUGUGAAACACUAACGCACACACUCUGACUCACACUCAUACAGUCAGUUAUUGACUGACACAGCCAGCCAGCCAGCUCGGCCGGCCGGUGUGUGUGUAAUGGACAGGUGUAAGCAUGUGGGGCGGCUGCGGCUCGCCCCGGACCACUCCAUUCUCAACCCACAGAAGUGGCACUGCGUGGACUGCAACACCUCCGAGUCUAUCUGGGCCUGUCUGGGCUGCGCUCAUGUGGCGUGUGGGCGCUACAUCGAAGAACACGCUCUGCAGCACUUCCAGCUGCAGGGCCACCCGUUGGCCAUCGAGGUCAAUGAACUUUAUGUAUUUUGCUAUCUGUGUGACGACUACGUCCUCAACGAUAAUGCCACAGGAGAUCUGAAGCUGCUUCGGAGUACGCUCAGCGCCAUCCAGAGCCAGCGCUAUGAGGUGACCACACGCAGCGGGCGCACUCUCCGCUCUGCCAGCGCGCCUUCUGACGCCGUCAUGACCUGCGGUGCCAGAGAGCUGCAACUUAGGGACGAGGACAGGAUGUUUACUGCACUUUGGCACCGCCGCAGGGCGCUGAUGGGACGUAUUUUUCGCUUCUGGUUUGGACUGACUGAAUGUGGAAAGAAGAGGGAGGAAGAGGAGAGAAAGAGGGAAGAGGAGGAGGAGCAGAAAAGGGAGGCGAGGGAGAGGAGGCGGGCUUUAAAGAGGCAGCUACAGGAGGAGCUGGAGAAUGCCCCUCUCCGGAAGAGUCGUCGUUUACGUCGAAAGAGCCAGAAAGUAGCAGAAGCAGCAGUCACGACGCCUUCUAGGAGGGCACGCAACAAGACAAAACCUCCAGAGCCUCCUCCUGUCACCAGCAAGCCAAGGACUCGAAGCCCCGCCACUGCUACACCCAAGAAAGCUGUCAGGACCAAAAAGGUCCAACCUACCCCCAAAACCAAGAGCCGUUCUUCUGCCACUAAACCGAAGCCCAAAACUCUCUCAGCAACCCCCCGCUCUGCUCAGACUCCCGCUCGCCGCAAGCAGAGUUCUAAACAGAGCUCUAAACAGGGCGGCUCCCCCUUUAAACGGCGUCCCACUGUCACCCCUGGAGUGACGGGCCUGAGGAAUCUCGGCAACACGUGUUAUAUGAACUCCAUCCUGCAGGUUCUGAGCCACCUGCAUGUUUUCAGGGAGUGCUUUCUGCGCCUGGACUUGACCCAGGCGCUGGAGCUGCUGGCCUCUGCUGUCCAUGGUCAGCUGACGGGGAAGACCUCAUCCCUGUCACCCCUGGUCCAAAAGAAGGGUCCACAGGCCAGCUCAGGCUCUGGGGCGGGGCUGAGCGGAGGGGCCUCCAGGGCCCGCAGCAUGGAGUUAAUACAACCCAAAGAGCCAAGCUCAAAGCACAUCUCCCUCUGCCACGAGCUGCACACCUUAUUCCAGGUCAUGUGGUCAGGCAAGUGGGCGCUGGUUUCGCCUUUCGCCAUGCUGCACUCAGUGUGGCAGCUGAUCCCGGCGUUUCGGGGCUACGCUCAGCAGGACGCUCAGGAGUUUCUGUGCGAGCUGCUGGACAAGGUGCAGCACGAGCUGGAGAGCACCGGGCAACACACGACCAGCGCAGGAGUCCCACAGACACAGAAGAGACUCAUCAAGCAGGUGCUCAGUGUGGUCAACACCAUCUUUCACGGCCAGCUGCUCAGCCAGGUACGAGACUUACACAAUCUCACGUUCAGCUGCUGUAACAUUUCCUUAAUCAUUGACUCAUUCAUCUGGUUCAUCAAAUUUACACGCGACACACAUUCACCCCCCUCGGCCCGCACACAUUGAAAAUUCAGCAGCUAUCAUCAGCUCUGACUGAAGUGCAUCACUAAUUCAUAUUCAGAUUAAAUAAGCUGCAAAUAAUUAAUUCAUGUAUUACUUAAAAUUUUUAAAUCGAGUUAUCCAGCUUUGAGAUGAGUCUGAUAUUUUAGGUCAGCAUAGAUUUCUGUUUUCUGUUCCUCAGACAGAGACUUAUAUUUAUUUUUUGAUACUCUAAAUCUGUGAUAAGGCAAAACCCUAAAAAAAAGCAACCCUGAGCUUUUCACAGUUGUCAUUUAGUUUUAAUACUUGAGGGUUAAAAUUAAAAUUUGUGAAUAGAUUUUCACACAAGCAGAAAUUAGGACAAAGUGUGUCCUUCUAGAGGCCGUUUUUGUUGGUGUUUUUGAUUUGUCUGACCCUGUUCUUGGUCAUGGAUUUUGUAAAAAAUAAAUUUACCUCCAAAAAUGCGGCUUAUACUGGUAUAAUAUGUUUUUUCUUCUUCAUUAUGCAUUUUUUGGCUCUUGCGACUUGAGUCAGGAAAAUAUGGUAGUUAGAAGAUGUUUCUCCAGUUGUUUUUUUUAGCAGUACACAACUUUUGACCUGUUUGGUUUGUAACAUUUAAUAUGCCGACUAUUUUCAGUUAAUUAUAGGCUUUAAAUAUUUUGCAAACCAUCAAAAUCUGUCUUGAUCAACAUUCGAAGCAGCCUCCCAACUCUUUUUUAACAAAGUUUGUGUUUUAUAGUCUGUGAUUCUCAUCCAAGCAGCCCACUAAAUCCAAUCUGAAAGUUUAAAUCUGAUCAGAUUACUUCUGAAAAACUGGUCAAAAAGGGACGAGUCAUUAUUUUCUGUCAGAUUUCCUCUGAACCAGACUCCUGCUCCUCUGAGGAUAAACCCUCUACAUUUGAAUGACUUUCUCUUGCUGACCUCAAACAUUUAUGACAGUUUUUAUUUGAGACGGGUGUUAACGCUGUCAUUAAAACCACAGUUUAAGGAGAAGACUGUUUUCCAUCCUAUUUGAUUCUAAAACCAACAUUUUUCCUGGUUCAAGCACUGACUACUUUAGUGUUUUUUUUCCUCUGUGAUGUUUCAGCUUAGUCACCAGAUUAAUUUUCACUCGAAAUGCAGAAUAAACAGAUUUCUAAGACAACAGCUAUUACUUUGGUGUGAUAUCUAAAAGGGUUGUUGCAGUGCCAAGAUUUCAAACUUUAAUAAAAUAUGGCAAUACGACACGACAAGAUUUGUUGGUAAAGAAAAACGAGAACUAGAACAAAUAUGCAACAGGUAUUUUUCCUCUGAAUUAUCGUUCAUAAUCCAGAAGAAGUGUGGAGUGGUGUUUGUAUGUGUGUCUGCAUUGUUAAAGUUUGUCAUUGGCAUCAAUCAUUGUGCAGGGUAAAGCUCUCUGUCUACGGUCCAUAGAUCAGGACUAUAAUAAAAUACAUAAGGUCCAGGUGAUGUUGCUGUUACUAGCUUCUGCUCUCAGUAUGUCUGUAUUAGACACAAAAGGAAGCAUGCAUCAUUCUCAGAUGUCAAAAGGACUUUGAACUUUCCCGGCCUGUGAAUCAGGACACUUUUGAUUGUGUAGGGUCUGUGUGAGAGCUGCAGAUUCGACAGUGAGCAGAAUGAAACUGACACAGAUACACCUAAACAGGGUGCAGGAUGAAGCACUGCAGACAAACAAAAUCCAGCAUCUCUGCCUAACUGAUACAAUGUAGUUAUACAUUAAAAUCUUAUAUCUCAGUUUUAUCACAUUAUCCAGUGUGUGUAGCAUGUGCUUCUGAGCCGAUAGUAUUUUAUGCAUAUGUGCAAACAUACUCACGACCUCGAGUUGAACCCGAGUUACACAUUACUUCCAGCAGCUGAUGGAAGAGAGUGAUUAUCCUCUGCUUGUAGAGGCUGAGCACACACUGAGACACCUGCUCUUUCUGAACAGAGAGGGCUGUGUGUCUGUAAACGGGUUUUUGGGGGCAUCUCGGUCUGAGUUGGUCCUGUCGCUGUUGACUAAGCACAGGCCCAGACUGUGUUAGCAAACUGUGACGACUACUGCAGGAGCAGUUUGUAUUGUACAUGAAAAAAAAUUGACGUCCAGAUGUUUGUUCAAUUUCUCGAGGGUCUUGCCAGCAUGAAGAGACAAGAAAACAGCUUGCUAGAGUAGCUGCAAUGUACUUUUUCAUUUACAAGCAGACACUUCUCUUCUCUGCAGGUGACAUGUCUGGCCUGUGACCAUCGCUCCAACACCGUGGAGCCAUUCUGGGAUCUGUCUCUGGAGUUUCCAGAGCGUUAUCACAGUAACAGCAGGGAGUCGGCUGCUCAGGCGUCCUGCCACCUGACAGAGAUGCUGGCCAAGUUCACUGAGACUGAAGCACUGGAGGGGAACAUCUACGCCUGUGACCAGUGUAACUGUGAGUUCAAUAUCUUGCGCACUAACACUUAAUUUGGAGGCGUGACUCCUGACAUUUCUAUGAAAGAGGCUGUGGUAGGUCGCUUUUUUUCUCUCUUCUUCUCAGUUGUAGCCUUAAGAAUCUCUAAACAAGCCCAGUACUGAUUUUCACAGAUACUGAUAUCGAUCUUCUCAAUUUAGUGUGGUUACAGAAUACUUUGGAGUUCAUUGAGAGUAAAUGUUCAUACUUGCCUACAAUCCUAAAUCAAUCAAUCUUCUAAAUGCGAGAAGAAGUUUCAUAUUAAUGGAUAGUUUUACAGCCUAAAGGAGUUAAGUCUGCCAGGUCAUCCAUUGAUUGUCAGAAAGGGUGAGCAAGAGGGCAUUUCAGUCUGCAAUGUGACAGCUAGAUGUCAAAGUAUUUCCAUUCUUACUGAGUGGUUGCUGAGUGCAAAAGAACUAGUGUUGACGGAUGUUUUGGUGGUACAAACUUGACAAAUGGAGGCUCAUACUUAUCAUUCAUCACAGGAGCUUUUUGACCUUAACGGCCACCAUCACUUCACAACCACAAGGGGUGAUUAAGGGAGCAAGUGACGACCUUGUCUUGAAACUUUGAGCCACGGUGCCAACGAAUAUGUCCUCCCAGCUUCUCAUUAGCAGAGAAAUGUACGAAACAUCCUGAUAACCGCUUCUCACUUUGAGCCAAAGGAUUGAUGUUGCUGGCAGCAGUAACAUCAGCUGUCAGUAAUGAUGAUAAUUUUGUCAGAAACUUGAUCACAGUCGAACCUUAAACUUAUUAAAACGCUUCCGACAAGACUCUGCCUGUCGUAACUGUCUGCAAUCAAAAGACUGUUUGUGAGGGAAGAUUAUUCACUCAACUCAUUAGAAAGUAAGGUGGAAGAUUCGAUUUUAGGGUUCACACUCAAAGUCAUUUUUGUUUGUUUAUUUUUCCUUGAACACCCUCCUUUUUGUUCACAGCUGCUCGAAGGCGGAGCUCCUCCAAACCAGUCAUCCUGACCAAAGCACAAAAACAGCUGAUGGUCCACAAACUGCCUCAGGUCCUACGGCUUCACCUCAAACGCUUCAGGUAGGACAUUUGCUCCGGGGUCCAUUUUCAUUCAGUCCUAAUGGGUUAUUUGUAUUCGGCAGCUCAGACCACAGAUCCCUGCUGCUUUAGAACGAGUUUUAAAGGGAGGUCAAUGUUGUAUGAGAAAAUCAUGACUUCCUCUAAUAAAAACAUGAUUAAUACUUGAUGUUUGUUUUGAGAUAAAUCAGUCUCUAAAGCUACUUCCUUACACUCCCGAGCAGCUACAGAAAGGCAAACAUCCCAGUGCUCAAAAUAAGUGCUUGCUGACAGAUAGCAUGACUGAUGACAUGCAGAGAAUUUCCCUGUAUGUAAGUGAAACAACUCUAAAUCAUGUCUGACUGACGUCUCUGUUUUCUGUCUCCUCAUUGGUCCUCAGGUGGUCUGGGCGAAACCACCGGGAGAAGAUCGGAGUCCAUGUCAGCUUCGACCAGCUCCUUAACAUGGAGCCGUACUGCUGCAGAGACCCCUCACCCAAAGUCUCGCCCACAUGCUCCAGUCCCAGCAGCCCCAGCUCCACGGGCUCACCGCGCCCCAAGCACUUCCUCUAUGACCUCUCAGCUGUGGUGAUGCAUCAUGGGAAAGGCUUUGGUUCUGGCCACUACACCUCCUACUGCUACAACACAGAAGGAGGUGAGUGAGGAGUUAAAAUUGGUUAAGGAUAUAACUUAACUCAAUAACUUUGUGAAUAAAAGGUCUACAUUUAGGGAUUGUUGAAUUACAAUGCAUUUAUAGCCAGGGACUGCUCUAAAAACCCUCAUCUAAUGAGCUUGUGGUUGCUCUUUGGACUUGGUAGAGCUUUUUGGAUGAUGACUUUCAAACCAAAGUUGCUCUGGUGGGAUUUAAAAGUCAGAAACAGAUUAUUAUAAAGCCGCUACAGGGGCACAUGUUUGUGAAUCUGAUUUUGAACGCAAUUUACCCAACCUUAAUCCACUCUCAGUUUGACUUACUGAGCAAUAUUUGCCCAGUUUAGUCUGACAUGUUGUUGUUUACUUUUGUGCCUCUGCUGCCUUUAUAUAAACUCACUUUUUCUGUCUUCUCUCCUCCAGGCUUUUGGGUUCACUGUAAUGACUCUAAACUAAACGUGUGUUCAGUGGAUGAGGUCUGUCGUGCUCAGGCCUACAUCCUCUUCUACACACAGCGAGUUACUCAGGACAAAGACCGGCCGCUAUAGGACCACAAUCCUCCCUCCUCCUCAAGAAGAUAUCGGCACAGCCCCACCUUUCGCUCUUUCUCUAUUUCUUUGGGCAUUUUUUAUUCUAGGAGGACGGGUGCGUUUUUUUUUUUAAAGUCUAUUUUUCUAAAUUUUCUCAAUAAGGAAACAAAAGAGAGGAAGGACUCCCUUUUUAAACCUGGUUCUGCUUUGUGAACUCUUUGUAUAUGCUGUUUAUAUGUAGGUAUUUUAAAAAAAAAGGUGAUGUGAUUUGUGUACAGCUGUAUUUUAUAAAAAAAAGAGUAUCAGCCAAGAUGUGUCUCAGUAGCAGCCAACAGACUGUGACAGAAACAAGUGUCCUCUACAGGUGUUACAGGUGUAUUCACAUGUCUGCCUGCCUGCGUAUGGUGGAUUGUUGAUUGUAAAAGCUGUUUGUUUGGAAUCAACUCAAAUGUUUCUCAGUCACUUUAGAUAGUUGUCACAGAACUGGAUGUAGGGUUGUUCAAUGUCAUUCUCAGCUGGUAAAACGGCCUUCCUGUUUUCUACACAGGUAAAGUUUUGAUAGAUGCACACAACAGUUUCCUGCCAGAAAUGCACUAAUUUCUACAGAAUAGGUUGUAUUUUAACUCGGCUUCGAUUCCUAUUUGUGUUACUAAUAGGGCAUGAAAUGUAUUCUUCACUCUGGAGUCCUCCUGGGUCUGUCAGGAAAAUCGGCAGACCUCAAGCCAAAGCCUCGUAAGAAGUGUAUGGAAAAACUUCCCAGCAUUUCCAAAACGGUUCAACAUUUGCUGGGUUUAUAUUUUCUUUCCUCUGACUGAGUGGAGACUGUUUCCAAUGGUUUUUAAUUCUGGCUAAAUGCUGCCAUCUCUCUGCCCUAGAAUGUAACUAUCUUUAGUGUGAACCAUCCCCGACCAGAGACAUACUAGUGUACUAGAAAAGUGCCCUUUUGUUGAAAAAGCAGUUAUAUUUUUAUAGUCCAUACUGAUUCAUGGAAGUGGAACAAGCACAGCUGCAGUCCCACUCACACCAGCAUCUAGAUUAUGAAUGUAUUUUUAUACAAUCCUCUCAGACGCUUUAGAAAAGACACCAUUGACUGUUUUAAAGAUUUUAUACAAGCGCAGAUUGUUAAAAGCCACCAGCAGAUAAGACAGAUUUCACAUUUUUCCCACAAUUAUGUAAGUGAGUGUAUAUAUUGUAUUUUAUUUACUUUCUGUUCAGUAAAAUAUUCAUAUUAUACCGGAUUUCUGCAGUGUAUACAGAUUGUGAUAUUUAUCUCCAUAGUGGAGAAGUUGUAAAAAAGAAUUUAUUUUCUUCAUCAACCCUGUUCCCUCUGAUCCCAUCGGAGGGGGAUUCAAAGCACACUUCAUACUGUUUUUUCCUCCAUUGUCUGAUGUUGUGACACAUUGUUGGCAUUUUGGUUACUACUCCAUGGAUGUGUGUGUGCGUGUGUUUGCGUGUGUGUGUAAAUUUAUGAAAGAUAUACUAUGCAAAUUGUUACCUCAAUUUUUUCUAGAGAAAAUUACCUCAAUAAAUGAGAAUAUUUUUUCAUUUUUCUACAAAA